CCCCUUUCUUCUCUUCUCUCUUGGGCGUUCAGCCGUCCUUUGGACAAAGCCAUGUAGUUGACUGGUUGUUGGGAGGUUACUAGUGCGUGCCUACGACGCGAAUGAGACAAUGAGUGAUAAGAAGCAAGUCUACUCCUUUCAAGGCUUCUCUGAUUGGCCACAGGUACAAGUUUGAGGAGACUCUGCGGCUCGAGUGACAACUAUUAAAGGUCCUGUUCGCACUCUUGAGCAACAUAUGAUUUGAAUUCCAGUAUUCAUAUCCUACUCAUCCUCAUUUGCGCAUCCUCACUCGUCACUCCACCGUCAUUCCUAAAGAAAACAAGUUCAUCCACUCUUUUGAUCGUCACUAGAAUGUUGGCCCGUUCCAUCAUUACCUCCAUUCUCUUUGCCAGCAGUGGCUUUGGUCAAAUGUCCAUGUCCUCCGGCGCAGUGGACCCUUCAAUAACGAUGGCCUUGACCGUGGACCCCUCGAUGACGAUGGCCUCGACCAUGGACCCUUCAAUGACGAUGGAUACCGUGACUGGUUCCAUGAUGAGCUCGGCCACAUCUAGCAUUGCAACCGGCGCUACGCCAUCGACGAAUACCGCAUCUGGUAACGCCAAUCUUGCGGAAUAUUUCGCUAUCACUUGCUGGAUUCCCGUGGUUGCUGUUGGGCUAUCAAGCAUGGGCUUGUUCUAAAAUCAUUGUUUAAUGGGUCGUGGAAGGGGAAGAUGAUGGCAUGCUGUGCUCGGCGACAACCACAGCUUUCACAACGUACACAAAAACAUAUUGGCACUGUGUUGAGGCAUACAAUAUGAGGAUCAGGCGCUGGGCGCUGACAGACAGCAGGAAGCACGGAAUUGAACAACUGCACAAGAAUACUCAGAUAUGCCAUUGAUUUUGGAACAUGUUUCACAAUGCUUGAGGGAAUUCACGUCUCCUGAGCUGGAUUCUACCUGCUCUUGCACAACUUGGCCGGCAAUUCCGCCAUUUCCUAUUCCAGUAUGCAGCCUCGUGUUGCAGGGUCACUUCGUCCGUUCAAGGCCAUCAACCCCGAAAUCUCGAUCAUGAACGCUCCACCCUCCCUGAGUCUGACUGAAUCAGUCUGCCCUAAUGACAGGACAACGUAUUGUUGUCCAUGGCUCCACGCAGACCCUCCCUUCUUUGUGAUCCAUAGUUGCUGCCCGCUCGUGCAUAUACCCAAGUCAUAAUUGCAAGCCGGCCUGCCCUACGGCCAUAGUGAAUUCUGUCUCCCAUGAAGAGAUUCUCGACUCAUUCUUCAAUCGAGACAUGAUCAUACCGAGGGAUUUCGAGGAAUGUGUUGCAGGGACCGCGACAACGGAGGAGGAAGGCGGCUUUGCCUGUGGCCUUGAGAUAGCAAUUAGAGACUGCACGCAUAUAAUGGACAAUUAGAGGGUAUCGCUAUAUUCAUCGCGUUGAUCAC